CGUUCAAUCGGCGCUGUUCAGAUCUUCUAGCUGGCGCACACCAACUUAGAGCACUCCCGGGCAGAGGACCAUACUUCCAGUGCAGACGAAGAACAAAAGGAGAGAGAGAGAGAGAGAGAGAGAGAGAGAGAGAGAGAGAGAAGAUGUCGGCGCUCUUCAACUUUUCGUCGCUGCUCCUCGUCAUCCUGCUCAGCAUCUGCACCUGCACCUACCUGCGCGCCUCUGCGCCCGGCCUCAUCGACCGCAACCGGCAGGGCUUCCUUGGCCUCUUUUACAAGGGCGCGCGCAUCGGCGAGCGCCUCUCGCCCUACGUCUCGCUCGCGUGUAUCGUCAUGGCCGUCUACAUGGUCUUGUGACCGGACAAGAUAGAGAGACCGCACAUGUACAGUACUACCACCAUCGCAGCAGGCAAUCAGCGUGAAGAGGAGG